AUGGUUGUUGUCCCAAAGGCAAAUGGUGGUGUUUGCAUUACCACUGAUCUGUCAAAGGUCAACAGGUAUUGUCGUGGCCCCAUGAGUUUUGCUGCAACAGAAGACGCAUUUUGUUUCCAAGGUGACAGGGCACUUCAGGGAGUAAACAAACUACAUCAAGGUAUGGAUAACAUUCUCUUACACAACAAGGUUUACAUCUCACACUUUCAAUGUGUAAAUGAAGUACUGUCAAGUUUUCGUCAGCAUGGAAUAACACUUAAUGCAGAGAAGUUCUUUGUGGCUGCAUCCAAGGCCGUCUUCUGUGGGUACAAACUAUCAAGAAAUGGUAUUGAAGCAGACCCAGAGAAGGUAUGGUCCAUCGCAGAGUUUCCUACUCCUGGAACUUGA